AAAAUUUUCAAAUAAGGUUACACUUCCUGUUUCUUUUUUAACAUCAGAAGAUUUACAAGCGGUAGAUACCACUUUCAUGGUUAGCAUUAAGAGGACCUCUUUAUGUUGUGGAAGGCCAACUAAUUUCAGAAGGAAUAUCAGUUUGCAGAUCAGGCAUGUUUUUUCGUUCACACAGUCUAUCCCCGCUCCCCACGCACACGCAUACGCACUCACGUACAACUGGCCAGUGGAAAAGAAAAAAGAAUUACUCACCUAUCCAUUCUUCAAAGCUUUCCAGGCGCACAAGGGGUGGGUUUUUCAUCUCCUCAGGGAUAAAUAUAUAGGUAAGUGGAGCACCUGUACACAGACUAUCUGUUACAUUUGCCUUGAGUACUCUUUGAGAAUGGCUAAAUUUAUUGUCUUUUGCUUUCUGGUUGUUUUAUACACCUUGUCCUCUGCUGCUCCAGCUAUGUGGACGAAGAAUGAACGACUUAAACUAAUUGAACUAUAUAAGGAUAUUAAGAAAGCAAGCAAAACUGUAGAGCUUGUUAAUAUAGAAUUGCCAACUCUAAAAGAUGUAACUGACGAAUGCCAAAUACCUGCUCUGAAGUGUUUUGUUGACAACAUGAACAAACUUAAAAUCCCACAAAAUCUUCUUGAUCGAAUGAAAGCAAGAGUGCCUGACAGUAAGGUGCAAAGCUGCCAACCCUGCACAUCAUAUGCAAAGAUGAAAAGCAAUGACUUCAUCGAAAAUCUAAUCACACUUGUGCAAAGGAUAAUAUCCAGUUCAUUCUGACCUGUUGAAAAACUGAAAAGCUGGAAGACUCUGUUUACAAAAACACUAUUCAAUGGACCAAACAGUUUUUAUUUUUCAUUAUUUCUUUAUUAUUUCUUAAUAUAUUUAUUUUUUAAGAGUGUUAUUGAUAAAUCUUAAAAUAUGGUAAAAAUACAUGGCUAUUAUUUACAGUAUAAUAGUCCAAUCUAAAAUAGCAACCAAUGUAUAAUUUUAUAUUUUUAUUUCCUUGCCUAUAAAGUAUUAAUAACUGGCAUUUAUCAGAAAUUGUACAAUUACGGAAUGCCAUUUAUGUUAAUGAAAGAACAACUAUUGUGCAUUUGUUAGGAGUUGAUUAUAUCAAUGAUAAUUGGUGUGUUUCCUGACCAAAACUAAUAUUUUAACACUAGCUGAAGCUAAGAUAUUAUCCAAAAAAGGGACCCACUGGGGAUGCAGUCUGUGAGCUGAUAAUUAUUUUGUCAUUUAUUUGUGCUGCUGCUCUGUUUUAUAUAAUUUAUUGUAAUUGUCUAGCAGUGAAUAUCAGAAUAUAACUUAUAUUGAAAGCAAUGGGAUUUAUACUUAAAUUCUGUAUGUGCACUGAUAACAUUUCUGUUCAGACUCCCAACCAAUAUGAUUUUUAUUUAUUCUGCAAAAUACUAAUUGAAAAGUUUUCUUUUCACAUGGUUUUAAAGUUUCACUAAAACAAAUAGACCCAAACACACAUAUACACGUAACCUUCAUAUUUUCUUAAACUGUAUUAAUUUAAAUGCGUAAUAUACAUAUAAAUUAUAUAAGACUGAAUAUGAUUAUACAUAGAAAGGCAUUUGGUGUAUUACAUGUUUUAAUUUCUCUCAAUAGCCUGUCUGUAUAGAAAGGUGUUUUUUUUUUGUAACUAGUAUGCAGGGCAACAGCACCACCUGCUGUUAGCUCUUAUAAAGUAUUCAGAAUGUUCAAGACUCUGUCUUAAGGUGAUAAACCUGAUUCUUCCUGAACAUUUGCAUAAAAAACAGAAACUUGCCUCAUACUGAGGUCUACUAAUGUUUGUAUUAUUAUACAAGUAUAAUUUGUAAGUAUGCAUAUUUAAUCUUUCAUGAUAUCUUUUUUAUAUGUUAUUUAUUUAUACAAGCUUUAAAAUAAAUUGUAUUGUCUUAUUUAUCAAU